AUGAUGACCGAUGCUGCGAAAGGAGGAGAGAUCGGGAUGGACGGCGUGACCCCGGCGGAGGCGUCCCCUGAGCCGGACCUGCUGUGUAUCUAUGGGACAGGGGACCUGGGUCGCUCCCUGGGCCAGCGCCUGCUCCAGACGGGCUACAGGGUGGUGUACGGCAGCCGCAGGCCCCGCAGCUGUGGGCCCUUACCCCGGGGAGCCCAGGUGCUGAGCCAUGCAGCGGCCGCCCAGUCAGCCGGUCUGGUCUUCAUUUGUGUUCACAGAGAACAUUACAACUUCCUGGAGAAUUUGGCUCCUCAUCUCCAGGGGAAGGUGCUGGUAGAUCUCAGUAACAACCUGAAGAAGGACAUAUACCCAGAGGCCAAUGCAGAGUACCUGCAGAGGCUGGUCCCCGGAGCUGCAGUAGUGAAGGGCCUGAACACGCUGUCUGCAUGGGCCCUGCUCAACGGACCGCUGGCCGGACGACAGGUGUACCUGUGCGGGGACGGUGCCGGGGCCAAGCAGGCGGUGGCGGAAGUGGCCACCAGGUUGGGCCUCGGCGUCCUGGACAGGGGCUCGCUGUCGGCGGCCAGGGAGCUGGAGGACUUCCCCCUGCAGCUGUUCCCCGAGUGGAGGCUGCCGCUACGCCUGGCCGUCGGCCUCACCGCCUUCUUCUUCUUCUACCUGCUCGUCAGGGACGUCGUCUACGCGUACGUGGAAGAGGGGAGGGACCUCUCCUACAGGAUCACGGUGUCCCUGGCCAACAAGCUAUUUCCCACCGUGUCGCUGAUCCUGCUGGCUCUGUGUUACCUGCCUGGUAUCCUGGCCGCCAUCCUUCAGCUCUACAGAGGGACCAAGUACAGGCGCUUCCCUGAUUGGCUGGACCGCUGGAUGUUGUGCAGGAAGCAGCUGGGUCUCCUGGCGCUGGGCUUCGCCUUUCUCCACGUCGUCUACUCAUUGAUCAUCCCCAUACGCUAUUCUGCCAAGCACAGACUGAUCUCACGGGUGGUGGAUGAGCUGAAAGACAAUAAGAGCACUCCCUUCGAUUUUGAUAAUACGAGGGCCUGGGGAACGGACUCUUUCUAUAUGCUGGGGAUCCUGGGUUUCUUUCUCUUCAUCCUCCUUGGGUUAACGUCCCUUCCCUCUGUGGGAGGCAUGCUCAGCUGGAGAGAGUUCACCUUCAUUCAGUCCAAGCUGGGCUACCUGACCCUCUUAAUAUGCACGUCCCAUGGUUACGUCUACGGCUGGAACAAGUUCCUCCGUCCCUCCGUCUACAAGUGGUGGACUCCUCCAGCCUACAUGCUGUGUCUGGUGGUGCCCUCUGUGGUUCUGGUGCUCAAGCUGCUGCUCCUCCUUCCCUGUGUGGACCACCGGUUGACCCGCAUCCGACAGGGCUGGGAGAGGACUGGGACCCGGGCCGAGAAGGACGAGAACAUCGCCACCCACUUCUGA